CCUUCUUUCAAACUUACCUAUUAAGACUCAAACAUAAACACAACGAGUAAGUUGAAUCAAAACCCAAAUGUUAAAGUAUGCAACCAUGUUUAAACGGAGGAUUGUGAGGUGCGCAUAUGCCCUUCCUCACUCCUAACCGAACCCCUGAACCUCGAUUUCUGCGCAAACCCGUUUUAGUAAAAGGCAUGACACCUAUUGAGGCUUGGUAUGGUCAAAAACCAUCUGCUGAUCAUUUGAAGAUUUUUGGCUCAAUUUGUUAUAAUCAUGUUCCAACAGCUAAAAAAGGAAAAUUAGAUGAGAAAGCAAAAAUUGGGAUCUUUAUAGGCUAUGCAACACAAGCAAAAGGCUAUAAGGUGUGUAAUCCUAUAUCCAAGAAAGUGAAUGUGCAUUGAGAUGUUUUUUAUGAGAGUGCACACUGGAAUUGGGAUGUAGGGAAGAUAGAAAAAGGUUCAAAUGAGCAAUGUGAAGCUGGUUCAAAAUUAAAAUCAAGUGAUAUUGCUUCCAGUUCUGAAAUUGCAGAAGUUGAUGAUGAUUCACCGGUUUUGAAAACCAAGUCACUAGCUGAGAUUUAUGCAAGAUGUAAUUUAGCUUCUGCAGAACCUAAUUGUUUUGAAGAAGUAGCUAAACAACAGGUUUGGAUUGAUGCCAUGAAGGAUGAGCUAUCUAUGAUAAAAAAAAAAAAAAAUCCAACUUGGUGUCUUGUUCCAAAACCAGAUGAUAAGAAACCUAUUGGAGUGAAGCGGGUGUUUCAAACAAAGCUAAAUCCACAUGGUUCUAUACACAAACAUAAGGCUAGACUUAUUGUGAAGGAGUAUGCUCAACAGUCGGGGGUCGAUUAUGGAGAGACUUAUGCUUCGAUGGCAAGACAUGAUACAGUAAGGCUUCUAAUUGCAUUAGCUGCUAAUUUGGGUUGGAAGGUUUUUCAUAUGGAUGUAAAAUUAGCUUUCCAUAAUGGUGUUCUGCAAGAGGAAAUUUAUGUUGAACAACCACCUGAAAUUGAUGAUUACUUGAUGAGUCAAGGCUUCAGGAGGAGCACAGAAGAAGCAACUUUGUAUGUGAAAGGCAGCAACAGUGAAUCUCAGUUUAUUUUGUCACUUUAUGUGGAUGACUUAUUGUUACCCGAAAAUGAUUUGAAGUUGUUGGAACAAUUCAAGAAGAUUAUGAUGUAGAAGUUUGCAAUGACAAAUUUGGGAGAGAAAAUAUUUUCUAGGACUUGAAGUUUAGCAAUUAAGCAAGGGAAUUUUCAUUUGCCAGAGAAAGUAUGCACUGGAUAUCUUGAAGAAGUUUGAAAUGGAGAAUUAUAAACCAAAUGCCACUCCAUUGGUUCAAAAUGAAAAGCUUUCCAAUGAUUAUCAAGAAACCAAGGUUGAUUAC